GAGAGGGUGAUGUCACCUGCGAGUUGGUAACCUACGAGCGGCUGUGAAGGAAACUGUUUAACCGGAUCCCAUUGUACCCGGAGCGCAGAGCCGCCUUUCCAGCAUGCAGGGGCUGCUCAGCCUGGACAUGGCCUCAACCCUUCUCGAAGCAAUAUUCUAACAGCCACAGCUAACAGACAAGGGGAUCUAACUGGUUCGACGUUAGUUUAGUCACUUCAAGAAAUAGAACAGAAAUCCGCCAUGGCCCCAAGGAAGAGAGGUGGACGGGGGAUUUCAUUCAUCUUUUGCUGUUUCCGAAAUAAUGAUCACCCGGAAAUCACCUAUCGGCUGCGAAACGAUAGCAACUUUGCGCUUCAGACCAUGGAGCCAGCAUUACCCAUGCCCCCUGUGGAGGAGCUGGAUGUCAUGUUCACUGAACUUGUGGAUGAACUUGACCUGACAGACAAACACAGGGAAGCCAUGUUUGCACUUCCAGCUGAGAAGAAAUGGCAAAUAUACUGUAGCAAGAAAAAGGACCAGGAAGAAAACAAGGGAGCAACAAGUUGGCCUGAAUUCUACAUUGAUCAGCUCAAUUCCAUGGCUGCUAGAAAAUCUCUCCUGGCUUUAGAGAAGGAAGAGGAAGAAGAGAGAAGUAAAACUAUAGAGAGUUUGAAAACAGCACUGAGGACAAAACCAAUGAGGUUUGUAACCAGAUUCAUUGACUUGGAUGGCCUGUCAUGUAUUCUCAACUUUCUAAAGACCAUGGACUACGAGACCUCAGAGUCUCGAAUACAUACCUCUCUCAUUGGUUGUAUAAAGGCGCUAAUGAACAACUCUCAAGGCCGGGCUCAUGUCCUGGCUCACUCUGAGAGUAUAAACGUGAUUGCUCAGAGUCUGAGCACAGAGAACAUUAAAACAAAGGUGGCCGUGCUGGAAAUCUUGGGCGCCGUGUGCCUGGUUCCCGGGGGUCACAAGAAGGUUCUGCAGGCCAUGCUGCACUACCAGAAGUAUGCCAGUGAAAGAACCCGCUUUCAGACAUUAAUCAAUGACUUGGAUAAAAGCACAGGGCGGUAUCGAGAUGAAGUGAGUCUCAAGACUGCCAUCAUGUCCUUCAUCAACGCAGUGCUGAGCCAAGGCGCUGGGGUGGAAAGUUUGGACUUUAGACUUCAUCUUCGCUAUGAAUUUCUGAUGUUAGGAAUUCAACCUGUAAUAGAUAAAUUAAGGGAACAUGAAAAUUCAACAUUAGAUAGGCAUUUAGAUUUUUUCGAAAUGCUCAGAAAUGAAGAUGAACUAGAAUUUGCCAAAAGAUUUGAACUGGUUCACAUAGACACAAAAAGUGCGACUCAGAUGUUUGAGCUGACCAGGAAGAGGCUGACCCAUAGUGAAGCUUACCCUCACUUCAUGUCCAUCCUGCACCACUGCCUCCAAAUGCCUUACAAGAGAAGCGGCAACACCGUUCAGUACUGGCUGCUACUAGAUAGGAUUAUACAGCAGAUAGUUAUUCAGAAUGACAAAGGACAGGACCCUGACACCACGCCUUUGGAAAACUUUAACAUUAAGAAUGUCGUACGAAUGUUGGUCAAUGAAAAUGAAGUUAAGCAGUGGAAAGAACAAGCGGAAAAAAUGAGAAAAGAGCACAAUGAGUUGCAGCAGAAAUUGGAAAAGAAAGAGCGCGAAUGUGAUGCCAAGACCCAAGAGAAGGAGGAGAUGAUGCAGACCUUAAAUAAAAUGAAAGAGAAGCUCGAAAAGGAGACUAGCGAGCAUAAGCAAGUCAAGCAGCAGGUGGCGGAUCUCACAGCACAGCUCCACGAGCUGAACAGGAGAGCUGUCUGUGCUUCGAUCCCAGGUGGACCCUCCCCUGGAGCCCCAGGGGGGCCCUUUCCUUCCUCUGUCCCAGGGUCCCUCCUCCCCCCCCCACCGCCUCCACCCCUGCCAGGUGGAAUGCUUCCUCCUCCACCCCCUCCCCUUCCUCCAGGCGGCCCUCCUCCUCCCCCAGGGCCUCCUCCCUUAGGGGGGAUCAUGCCACCUCCUGGUGCUCCACUGGGUCUGGCACUCAAGAAGAAAAACAUUCCUCAGCCCACAAAUGCCCUGAAAUCCUUCAACUGGUCGAAGCUGCCUGAGAAUAAACUGGAAGGAACAGUAUGGACCGAAAUUGAUGAUACAAAAGUCUUCAAAAUUCUAGACCUCGAAGACCUGGAGAGAACAUUCUCUGCCUACCAAAGACAGCAGAAAGAAGCAGAUGCCAUUGAUGACACUCUGAGUUCCAAACUUAAAGUCAAAGAACUUUCGGUGAUUGAUGGUCGGAGAGCUCAGAAUUGCAACAUCCUUCUAUCGAGGUUGAAAUUGUCCAAUGAUGAAAUCAAACGGGCAAUUCUAACAAUGGACGAGCAGGAAGAUCUGCCCAAGGACAUGUUGGAACAGCUCUUGAAAUUUGUUCCCGAAAAAAGUGACAUUGACCUGUUGGAGGAACAUAAACAUGAACUGGAUCGCAUGGCCAAGGCUGACAGGUUCCUUUUUGAGAUGAGCCGCAUCAAUCAUUACCAGCAAAGACUGCAAUCGCUGUACUUCAAAAAGAAGUUUGCAGAGCGUGUGGCAGAAGUGAAACCUAAAGUAGAAGCAAUUCGUUCUGGCUCAGAAGAGGUGUUUAGGAGCAACGCCCUGAAGCAGUUGCUAGAAGUGGUUUUGGCAUUUGGAAAUUACAUGAAUAAAGGCCAAAGAGGCAAUGCGUAUGGAUUCAAGAUAUCCAGCCUAAACAAGAUUGCUGACACAAAAUCUAGUAUUGACAAGAAUAUUACACUUCUGCACUAUCUCAUAACCAUUGUGGAAAAUAAAUACCCCAAGGUCCUCAAUCUAAAUGAAGAACUGCGGGACAUUCCUCAAGCAGCAAAAGUAAACAUGACUGAGCUGGACAAAGAAAUAAGUACCUUGAGAAGUGGCUUGAAAGCAGUAGAGAUGGAGCUGGAAUAUCAAAAGUCUCAGCCCCCACAACCCGGAGAUAAGUUUGUGUCUGUUGUCAGCCAGUUCAUCACAGUAGCCAGCUUCAGCUUCUCUGAUGUCGAAGACCUUCUAGCAGAAGCUAAAGACCUGUUUACUAAAGCAGUGAAACACUUUGGAGAAGAGGCUGGCAAAAUCCAGCCGGAUGAGUUCUUUGGCAUUUUUGAUCAGUUUCUCCAAGCUGUGUCGGAAGCCAAACAAGAGAAUGAAAACAUGAGAAAGAAGAAGGAGGAAGAGGAACGUCGUGCUCGCAUGGAGGCUCAGCUCAAAGAACAGCGUGAAAGGGAACGUAAAAUGAGGAAAGCAAAAGAGAAUAGUGAAGAAGGUGGAGAGUUCGAUGACCUGGUUUCAGCUUUACGCUCAGGAGAAGUGUUUGACAAAGACCUUUCUAAACUGAAACGGAACCGCAAGCGUAUUACCAACCAGAUGACGGACAGCAGCCGAGAGAGACCCGUCACAAAACUUAAUUUCUAAUUUUCCUUGGAUACUUUUUUAGGAAGCUCAUUAGCAGCCCUUUGAAGUGACUAGAACUUUUCAUUACACUGCCUUGCAAUCCAAACAGUGGCAAUUUCUUCCUUCAUCUGUGAGUGAAUGCGUGAAUGUGUGUGUAUGUAAAUGUAUGUGUACAUAUAUAUUAAAAAAUGUAUAUAGAAGUCUGAGUGUUGUCUGGAGACCUAUAUGUAUGGUUAAAAACAAAACUCUGUGUUAAUGUAUGUGCUCAGAAACCCUUUGUGUAUGCAUUCAUAUUGAGUAUGGCUCAUUUUCUUCCCCUGAACACCAUGGCUGUUCAGAAGCACAAUGCUGUCUCCUGAAAGAGAUGACAGAGACAUUCCCAAGAGUAAAAAAGAAAAAAGCAAAAAAAAAAAAAAAAAAAAAAGGAAAAAAAGAAAAAAAAGGCUUGAGAAAUAUUUUAUGGUUUCCAAGCUUGGUAUACUUAGAAAUUAUUUUCACUGGGGAAACUGGUGUUGGAAAAAUAUAGAUUUAAAAUGGUUUUUGAUAGUUGACGAUGUGAUGCUGGUGUAGAGCAUCAGUAAUUAAGAGGAACCAGCUUAGAAUUUCUGACAUUGGUGUGGGGGUGCAGGCUGUAAAUGUUUAUUGAGAAUAUCUCGCACACAAUCUGAAUUAUGUAGAAUAUCAAUCAGACUCUUUUUUAGGAAUUUACAACUCGGGCAUCAAUUUUGUUUCCUAAUUUCAUCGCCUUCUCUGCCAAGCGCUCUUGAAGAUUUCUUUACAUGGCUUUUGAAAAGAACACUAUUUAUCUACAUGCAAUUCACGCUCUUGUUAAAAAACAAGAUCGCCAGAAUGUGCUUGUUGUUCUAACAAUGUAGAUAUAUAAACUUUAAAAAUAAAAUUU